AUGAGUGAAGAACAAUAAAAUAAUCGUUUAGAUCAAUUACCAAGUCUAGUUAAUAUAAGAUCAAAUAGAAAUACUUCUUAGAUAGAUUUAAACUUUAUUUAAAGUAUCAUAUACAUGAAUAUAUAUUUUAGAAAGCAAAACAAUACAAUCUGAAAACUGGGAAAUGUUAUAAAGAGUUAAAGAAAGCUUAGAGAGUAAGGCAUUUAGUAACUUUUUCACAAGUUCUUUAGCUAAAUUACCUAAUUUUAAAAGCCCAUAAGAAUUAGCUAAAGUGUUAGCUGAUUAAUUUAUAUAAAAUGAAAUCAAAAAAGGUAAGAAAAGAGAAGCUAAAUCUGCAAUUAAGAUAUAAGUUUCUUAACCUUAAACAUCAGAUAAUUUACCAGCUUUGAAAACUCCAUAAAUUAAGUUAGAAAAAAAUAAAUUUAAUCAUAUUCGUUCUAAGAGUCGUGAUAAACUGAGAGAAUUAGAAAUGAUUAAAGAAUAAGAAAGAGAAAAAGAAUAAUAAAAUAAAGAAAAUAAUAAAUUGACUGAAAAGAUUUUAAAAUAAAAAAACAAAUUAUUAUCAAAAGAUACUUAGAGAUAAAAGGAGUAAGAUAAAUCUUUUGUUGAACUUCCUUCUCCUCCAAUAAAAGUCUAAAAAAAUAUCAGACAUACAUUAUCAAUAACUAAACUAUAAUCAAUAACUCCAAUUGAACCUAUUUAAUAAUCCUAACCAACAAUUUAUUCUUAUUUUUUAGGAGGAGGAAAUAAUAGUGAAUUAAUUAAACGAGUAUUUGAUAUUCGAUCAGAUUGGCAUUAGACUACUAAUACUGCUAGAGCUAAUUUUAGAUGGUAAUAAUCUAAUCAUGGAUAUAAAUAUUUUAAAUUGAAUUGGCAUAAAUCUCAUAAAGAAUUAUUGAAUCACUUUGAAUUUCAUCCAGAAAUUAGUAAUAAAAAGAAUCUAUUAGUGAAUGUUUCAGCAGCCUGUGAAGUAAAAUGAAUUUUUAAUUAGAUCCUUAAAUCGAACCCUUUUGAUAUAAUACCUGUCACUUUUGCUAUAGAUUUUACAGAUCCCUUAGUAGAAUCUAAUAUGUCUGCCUUUUAUAAUUUUUACAAUAAGAAUGCUCCUGAAUCUAAACAAUUAAAUAAAUAAGAUGCAUAGAAUAAGCUCAAUGAAAUCAAGAAAAAAUUGAGAAUAGCUCCAAGUAAAGAGAAAAAAUAAUUGGAAUUUUAAAUGAGAGAUACAUUCACAGGUCCAGAUUAUUUAUGGUUAUUAAAACCUACAGGAUUAAAUAGAGGAAGAGGAAUUCAUGUAUUUUAAGAAAUAGAUAAUCUUGUUGAUUUGCUUAUUGAUUAUUAAUAUGGGUAUCAUGAAAAAUAAAUAGAAACAUAUAAAGAUGAGAAUGGAUAAACAUAAUAAAAGGUUGUUUAAUAUUUAUUGAAAACAUCAUCAUUUGUUGUUUAGAAAUAUAUUGAGAAGCCCUUAUUAAUAAAAAAUAGGAAAUUUGACAUACGAGUUUGGGUAUUUCUUAAUACUGAUUUGAGUUGUUAUUUUUUUAAGUAUAAAAUGCAUUUCAUAUUAAAUUAGAGAAGGCUAUAUUAGAAUGGCAUCUGAGGAGUAUAAGACCAAUGAUGUUGAGAACAUUUAUAUUCAUUUAACAAAUAAUGCUAUUUAACAACAUAGUGAUAAAUAUGGACAAUAAGAGUUAGGAAAUUAAUUAUCUUUUGAUUCUGUUUCUGAAUACUUCAAAUCUAAAAUCGAUUUUAGAGGAUAGAUAGUUGAGAAAAUGAAAGAAAUGGCAUAUUUUGCAAUGAGAACAGUUGCAACUAAAAUUAAUAAGCUAAAUAGGAAAUUUUGUAUGGAAAUUUUUGGUUUUGAUUUCUUUUUAGACGAACUUUUCAAUAUAUAUUUGAUAGAAGUUAAUACAAAUCCAUGUCUUGAAGAAUCAAGUCCUUUAUUACAAAUGCUAAUUCCAAGAAUGGUUGAUGAUGCAUUUGUUUUAACAGUUGAUUAAAUAUUCCCUAUUUAAAGAGAUCUUGUAUCAAAAUUCCCUGUUACUAACUACAGUGAUACUGAAAAUAUGUGGUAAUUGUUUAAUUAAGAUUUUAGGUAAUUAAUGGGAGAAUUAAAUGAAAUCCAAGGAUGA